AGUGAGGAGGCAGUUUUGUUUUUAUCUGAAGCUUGUCUGAAGAUUCUCGACUCGCUUUUUCAGCUGGAUAUGUGAAACUCAUUUGAAAGUAACAAGUAAAAGAAACAACGAAGUAUUCUUCCAUUGGAACGAGGUUACCUAAUGUCGUACAAGAAUGGCUGAUUGACUGUAAUACAAGCAAGCAGGGAUUAGCAGCGGUGGCCAUAUUUAUACAUAACUGCUUUAUGAAACUGUGCACCAUGGCUAAAGGGAAGAAGGUGGGGUCAAAGGGCAAAAAGAUCACCCUGAAAAUGGCCAAGAAAGCCCUCAGGCUGACACCCGAGGGAAAACGACGUCUUGAUCUCAGCAACAUGGGUAUUGACACCUUUCCAAAAUGUCUUCUAAAACUCACUGACCUGGAGGAGGUGGACCUGAGCCGUAAUCAGCUGAAAAAGAUUCCAGAUUUCAUUGGCCAGCUCAUUGGCGUGCUCUGGCUUGACCUGCACAGCAACUACAUCGAGCAACUGCCGAAAAGCAUUGGACAGCUGGAGUCUCUGUGCCACCUCAACCUUUGCAACAACAGCCUGGACUCGGCCGGUUUGCCCGCUGACAUUGGAAACCUGAGGAACCUGCAGACUCUCAACCUGGGUAUGAACCGACUCACUGCUCUUCCUCUUACCAUGGCUGCUCUGACCAACCUGAGAGAACUGGGCUUGUUCGACAACAAGAUCACUGUGCUUCCUGAAUGCAUCCGCAUGCUGCCCAAUCUGAAAAAAAUUAACACCAACCGCAACCCCAUAGCCUAUGCUCAGAGAGAUGCCAAAGAUACAAGAACAACUGAGAGCUUGUAUUUGGUGAGGGGGGAAGAUCUGUGUAAGCUUUGUCUAGAGAAAUGUAGGGAGGAAAGGCAGAGACAGGAAAGGAAACAGCUUUUAGAUCAGUCUCAAAGGAGAGGUAGGUUGUCAGGGCUGAUCACACCGAACUCAGUGGCACGAAGCAAUCAGGAGUUGUGGCACUAGACUCCAUGUUGAAGACAACUAAACCAACUAAAUGCCAUAAUGUCAGAUAUGUUAUAUUUUAUUUUGAUGUUUUAAUUUAUAUAUAUAUAUGCACACACACACACACACAUAAGUAGAUCAUUAACUGUUUUGACCUUACUUAGGAAUCAAUCAGUUCCUCAAUUUGCAUUCAAUCAAGCAAUAUGGAGCUGAGGACAACAAAACACCUUAAAUGUAGGUUACAUAAAAAAAAAAAGAAAAAAAAAAAAGAAUAUGUUGUAUAUUAUUAAAUUAUGGGAAUUAGUUCAGGUAAUGUAAGAGAAGCAGUUUUCAACUGGAGGAAGUUUUAAUUCUGCAGGCAGCAGUUACUGGUGUGUUUCAUCAGAUUGUUUGGGGGAUUGAGGAUUGAGAACAUUUCUGUCACUCAUUAACAAUGUGCAUAGAAUGUCUUUCCCAGAAGCCUUUAGACAUGUGCUAUCUCCUCUCAAUCUGUCUUUUCUUUUCGGUUUUAAGAAGGCAGCUUUGGGAGAGAUGAUGGUACACAAGCACAGGGACACUUACCUUGCAUUAAGCACGGCCUCUGUCACCCCUCUUCCCUUUAAUGAAGGCACUACAGAGCAUAUUCUAGAGAAAGAACACAAGAGAGAUCAAUCUGGCUUUGCCCUGUCUAACCUCACAUACUCAGCAACUGGUAUACUCACUCACAUUUCUCACCUUUUAAAAGCACUGACAUGGUCUUUGUUCACAAACACCAGAAACACAGAAGCACCAUUCUUCAUGAAUAUUUCAAUUGCGUUUUCCUAAGAAAGAGAAAAUUCUAAUAAUAAUAUAUAUCGCAAAAAAAUCUGAACAAUAUAUAGUAGAGCGAAACGCUAGAAAUGAUUUUAUUUAACAAUAAAUCUCAAAGAGUAUGUUAAAGAAAAAACAACACUUCUAAAUCAGUGCUUUAAUCCUAUGGCAUUAAAUCUGACCUCAAGAAGGAAUCGCAUAAAAUGAGCCUCUUUAAUGUCCUCGUAUGACCAGCGUCUGCAGGCUAGAUUUACGGAGCUUUGUUCUUUCUUCAACAUGCUGCAGAUAAAUGAGUCUCUCACACUGGAAUGAACAUAAAACAUCAAACAUUAUCUGUGAAAGAAUACAUAAGAACAACUGCAAAUACUAAGCUUACUAAUAAAUGAACUAAAACAGUAGCAUUGUGUAUUCAUAAAUUACUAUCGUAGCAUUAAUUGUUGAUUAUAACUAAAAGUUAAUAUACAGUGGAAUUUUUGAACACCCAUAGUUUAAUACGAAGAAUCCCUCAAUGCAAACAGUAUAAUCUAUACUUGUUCAGAUGUUUAUGUUCAGAAACAAUUUAAAGACUUGAAUGAAAAAUAAUGUCAAAGUAUGGGUUGCCUGUUUAAGUAUUUAAACUGUUUAAUCAUGCUUAUUCUAAUAAAAUAACUAGAGCAUGACAUUGAGGAGGUGCAAUGUUUUGAACAUGCUAAUAAAUCUAAUAAAAAUGUCAAAAUAAAUGUAAUAAUAGAGUCAGCAAAUAAAUGCUUGAACCAAAAUACUGUAUUAUUUAGCAAGUAUUUUUGCAACAUGCUUUAAUGGGCAACUACACCAAGAAAAUCAGAGCU